GCUACCGAGUAAUAGCAAAAUCAUUAGUUUUUUUUUUUUUUUUUGUGUGUGUGUGUUACUUUAUCAGCGAAACUAGGGCACAAGUAUGGUCGAACAAGGUGUGGAAUUUGCACAACGAGGGGGAGAAAUUUAACAAGCAUGGGCUUGCCACAUGUUCUUGCCUUGCCUUUCCCUGCUCAAGGCCAUGUCAUUCCCCUCAUGGAGCUCUGCCACUGCUUGGUGGAUCAUGGCUUCAAGGUCACCUUCGUCAACACUGAAUUCAACCACAAGCGUGUCAUCGCCGCGUUGUCGGCAGAGAGCACCGUGCGCCAGCUCGCUCUGGUCUCGGUUCCUGAUGGAUUAGGGGAGGAGGAUGAUCCGCACGAUCUGGUGAGGCAAACGGAAGCACUCCAGAACACCAUGCCUCGGUGCUUGGAGGAACUAAUCGAGAAGAGCAACGAGACGGGGGAGCCGAUGACUUGCAUGUUGGUGGACGAGGGCAUGGGAUGGGCUCUCGAGGUUGGCCGGAAGAAGGGUCUCAGAUCUGCCGCGUUCUGGCCGGCGGCUGCCCAGAUGCUGGCCGCGAUCCUGAGCAUAACAGAGUUGAUUUCAAGAGGCGUCCUUGAUGCAGAUGGUACGCCCAUCCCAGAACAUGAGACGUUCCAGCUCGGUCCCGGAAUGCCAUUCAUCGACGCUGCCCACUUGAUAUGGAACCUAAUCGGAGACGAAGGAAGCAGAGAAACAGUCUUCAACUACUUCCUCAGCAACAUCAGAGUCCUUGACGUCGUGGAUUUCAUCAUCUGCAACUCCUUCAAAGAGCUCGAAGAGCCGACCUUCUCCUACGCCCCAAAGAUUCUCCCCAUCGGGCCACUGCCCACCGGCCUCCGUCGGUUGCUGGCCCACCCUUCCGUCGGUUGCUUUGUGUCUCACUGUGGCUGGAACUCCACCAUGGAAGGCGUCAGGAACGGGAAGCUCUUCCUUUGCUGGCCAUACUUCGUAGACCAGUUUCUGAACCAGAGCUACAUUUGCGACCAUUGGAAGGUGGGUCUGAGCUUGACGCCUGACGAGAGCGGGAUCGUCAAGCGUGAACAGCUCAAAUCCAAGGUGGAAGCGCUGCUGGGGGAUGCGGAGAUGAGAGCAAGAGCGUCGUCGUUGAAGGAGAAAGCUCAAAGGAAUACUGACCAAGGAGGGGCUUCAUUCCACAAUCUCAAGAGGUUCAUCGACACUAUCAAGGCGGCGAAUCCUUAAUCUAAAUUUGACCAAAUUGUUCGAAAAUAAUGCUCUUUCUCACAUUUUAAUCCAAAAUCAGCCAUUAACGCAUGGUUUGUUUUU